AUGGGCAUGAGGGAUAAGUACAUGGCCACCCUGGGACGCGAGAUAUUCCCCCGGAUGGAAAUGCGCAAGUGUAAGAGCAAUGACGCCGUUAUCAACUGGGGUGAUUGCUACUAUGGCGGCGCCGGGCAAUUCCAAGGACAUAGGUGGAUGGCCCUCGAUGGAUACGAGUGGCUUGUUACAGACCCGAACUAUGACCCGGACUUCUCUCAGAUCCUGGAAGACGCAAGACGCGACGGUCUAGAGGCGAUUAAUGCUGAAACAUGGGACGAAGCAAAAGAUUACCAAUAUGUUGACCCAUUCUUUCGCUUCCCAGUUGAACUGCGUCAAAGUAUUCUACAUCUUCUCACAGCUGAAUCGCGCCUUGAUGUCCUGCGGGCGAGCCCGGAGUUCUGUAAUAGCUAG